AUGUUCGAGUGUAAAGUCAUCAAAGAAAAUUUAAAUAAUAUUAAUAAUAAUAAUAAUAAUAAUAAUAAAGAAUCAAAAAUAAUAAAAUCAAAAAUGGCGCCCAAUUCGAAAUUUUUAAAUCCGACAUUAGAUGAUGCGACGAACAUGCAACUCGCAUUUGCUGCAUUCAACGAUGAUUUUGAUAAAAAUGAUAACGGUAACAAAGAAGAUUCUGGAUCAGGUUUACAAUCUAAAAAAGUUUAA